AUGUCUCGCACCUUCCCGCCGGGCUUCCCAAAACCGACGCUGCCGAUGAUGCGGUUCCUUACCGCCUUGGACAUGGUCCGCCCCGAGCUGCUCCCCGUCGCUCUGGACUCGUUAUAUGCGGCCUUCUGGACGGACGAGGACGACGUCGCCAUCGGCCGAGACCGACGCUCCAACCUGGCCGAUCCCGCCGUCUUCGGGCCCAUCUUGUCUCAAGUGCUCGGACAGGAGGUGGUGCGCGACGGUCUUGACCGAAUUGCCUCGCCGCAGGUCAAGAAGCAGUUGGUUGCCAAUACGGACCGCGCGCUGGACGCAGGCGCCUUUGGCCUGCCUUGGUUCCAGUGUCGGAAUGCACGGGGCGAGGUCGAGGCGUUUUGGGGGUUCGAUCAUCUCGGCCAGGUCGUGAGGUUUCUGGGACUUGAUGGUCGGGGGGAGAUUCGAGCUUUGUUGUGA